AGAUCACAGAUCAUUCCACUAUCGACACCAAUGAUGUUUUAAUCACAUCUCAUUGAUGCUCAAAGCUACAGUCAAUGGUAACUUUCUCCAAAAUAAAUUUAUAAAACAAACAACUAAUUUUGUUCUCUUUCUUACUCCCACCUAUUCCAAACUCUCAAGAAAACAGAACGUUUUUCCUUCUCUUCUUUCGCCGGAAGUACUUCACCGUCGUCACUCCGAACAAAAGUUUGGUCAGCUUCAGUUGGUUGACGCAUUUCACAUUAGUGGAAAUGGGGAAGAGCCAACACGUGUUAGAGGUUUAUUGAGACACGUAUGACUUGUUCUUCUUUAACUCAACACGUUGAAGUGUAUGGUUGAAACAUCUGUCUCUCUUACAUGACACCUCCAUCGCUCUCAACAUAAAUCUUCUUCCAAUUACUUCAUAUGUAAAUGUAUUUUGUUCUUCAUCCAAAUCUCUUCUCAACACUUUGCUUCAAUAUGACCAACCUAUUCGCUAUGUUUCUCAUCGUCACUACUUUCACUGCCGCCGGACUCUGGUCUCCUCCUCCUCCUCCGCAAAAUGUUAUCGUUAAGGAAGGCCAUCGAAUGGUUGUGGUUGAGUACGACGACCAAGGUCAACACAAUACGAAAGUUUCCAUCUCUUCCGAACCCGACCAAGAUGCUAAAAACUCCGAAAGACACCGCACCAAAGAUCUUAUUUGCGAUGUCUACGGAAAAUGUAAGCAUAAAGUAGCCAGCGCUGUGGAGAAAGCUAAAGUCAUGGUUACGGAGACGGCGCAAGAAGCCCACGACGUUGGAGAGUCUGUCACCGAUGCAUUUGAUGGAGCUAAAGACAAAUUGAAAGAGGGUGCAAAGGAAACAUUUGAUGAAGCCAAAGGAAAAUUGAAAGAGGGUGCGAAGGAAACAUUUGAUGAAGCCAAAGGAAAAUUGAAAGAGGGUGCGAAGGAAACAUUGGAAAUGGCCAAAUCAAGAGAAGAAAAGGUUGUGAAAGGCGCUGAACGGGUGGCAAAGGAAACAGGGGAGAAGAUAAAAACAGGGGAAAACAAGCUGAAGGAGAAUUUGAUGGGUUUAGUUGAUAGAGGAUUUAAGGUAAUAGAUUAUUUAUUUAGGCACUUGGGUUUUGGUAUGGAUGCGUUGGGUUUGUUGGGAUUUACAAUGGCUUUAGGAAUGGGUGUGUGGGUUACCUUCAUUUCUAGCUAUGUGUUGGCGAGUGUGCUGCCAAGACAACAGUUGGGUGUGGUACAGAGCAAGAUAUAUCCUGUGUAUUUUAAGGCCAUGGCUUCUUGCAUUGGGAUGGCUCUGUUGGGGCAUCUAUUCAGCCGCACAGAAUGGACGUUUCCAAUUCCGAAAAAUAGUGAAGUGGUUCAAGGAUAUGUUCUUGUAGCUGCACUUUUGAUGAUUUUUGCCAAUUCUCUCUACAUGGAGCCUCGAGCCACUAAGGUAAUGUUUGAGAGAUUAAAAAUUGAGAAGGAAGAAGGAAGAGGAAUAGAGGACAUAGCCAGGGAAGAAACUGGGAAUGUGAUUGAUAAUUCUCCAGCAAUAACAAGUAGCACACCCACACAAGUUGUAGAUCGAGAGGUGGUGAAGUCCAGAAUUGUGGGGUUGAACAAGAGGCUAAAGAAGUUGAAUUCAUAUUCGUCAUUGUUGAACUUGCUCACUCUGAUGGCUCUUACUUGGCAUCUUGUGUAUUUGAGCCAACGUUUAUGCAAUCCCUGCUAAUACAACAAACGACGUUUCUUUUCCCUGUUGUGUUAUAUUAGGAAUGAUGAUGUGCAUAUUAUUAUAUUUUACUUCUUUGAUGUACAAAAAUUAGCAAUGUCUAACUUAGAGUAGGAGGAUUAUCUAAUGUAAUAUCAGAUGGGUUUUUUUUUGUUCUGUUUAUCAGUUUGUUCAUAUUAGUUGGCCUUUUGUCUA